AUGCUGCCCGAGCCGCGCCAUCCUCCGGAAUUUGAGGGGAACCCGCGGCUCUUGACGGCUUCCUUGUGCAACCAUGCCAAGAAGCAUGGUGCGGCCUCCGCGAUUCAGUUCCUGUGCCGGCUCGUGGAGGACAGCGUGGAGGUAAAUGUGUAUCAUGCAAAUGCUAUACUCUCACGGAAUGACUGGCAGUUGGCGGUCGAUUGGCUGUGGGGUAUGGCGCGGAUGGGCGUGAGAAGAGAUGCGGUGAGCCUCCUGAUUGGAUCCGAGCGAGCCAAUGGCCAAACGCGGCAACCGUUCUACGACUCUGAGCUGAUGUGGAGCUUUGUCAGUUUUCUGUGCGGCACACUGUGGAGCCAGAAGGGGUCUUUGGCCAAUUUUAGCCACAUUCUGAGGGGACAUGAUGACGGCGGGGACCAUGCCAAAUGCACAAGCUUGCACUGCGUUGCUGAGUGCGGGCCGGAGACCCUGGCUGGACUUAGCAGCGACUUUUGCGCUGGGGGCAUGUUCUGGGUGCAUUCCAAUGACGCCGCAACCUCGAGCCACUCGAGCCAUGAGGACAGGAACUUUGCCUGGCGAGCGGAUCUGCAGCUUGGGGCCAUUGGUUUAAACGCUGCAAUCCGCGCAUGCGAGCCGUGGCAACGUGCCGUGAAUCUACUGCACGCGAUGAUGCUUUGGAGGUGCCACCCGGACCGCGGCAGCUUCAAUGCCGGCCUUCAUUCUCUGAGAAUGCAUUGGCGGAUGUCCAUGAACGGCCUGGCAUGGUCCGGCGGAAACGAAGAUCUUGACAACCUGGCUGUGAAUACCAUGAUCAGUGCCUGUGCUACUCGGGGAAAGUGGCGCUGGGCAAUGAACUUGUUGGACUACAUGGCUGGCAAGCUCCUGCGGCAGGAUGUGGUGAGCUACAGUGCCGCAACGCUGGGGUGUGAUGGCACUGGCAACUGGGCUCUUGCAAACGGCUUGCUUGCCAGGUCUCUAGCAGUGUCCGUUCGUCCGAAUCACGUGGCCAUAAAUACCGUGCUGGGCACCUGCUCGCAUGGAGCAUGGCAUGUAGCGGCGAGCCUGCUGAUGCGUUCACUGGCAUCGCGGCUUGACAUCGACGUGACUGCAUGGAACAGCAUCCUCAACGCAUGCGACAAGGCCGAGAAAUGGCAGCAUGCGGUGGAGGUCUUGCACAACGAUCGCUGCGUCGCUGACGUUUUUGGCUGCACAGCUGCCAUCAGCGCGUGCGAGAAAAGUUCCCAGUGGAAGCUAACUUUGAAGCUGCUGAAUGCUAUGCCAGAAGCCAAUUUGGAACCCGACGAUGCUUGUUUCAAUGCAUCCAUUGAUGCAUGUGGAAGUGCAGGGCAGGUGCAGCAGGCGUGGGAUCUCGUGCUUCUGGCAGAGAAAGGGGAAUCUUUGCGAUCCAUCUCUUCGCUGCCCUGGGCUCUGGCCAGGCUCCAGAUUGCCGACCCCCGAGUGGUGCAUGCAUGCUUUGUGCAGACUCUGCGUCGCUUGGCUUGCGCAAGCGCGUCCGCCCAAGAGCUGUCUCUUCUGACCUGGGCUUUCUCGCUUCUCGGAGUUCCGGGAAAGUGCUUGGAAGACUUCUACGAAAUCCUCCUCACCAAGCUGCGCAGCUGUCGUCUGGACGAUCUCUUGCUGUUAUCUUGGGGGUCCACCGACCUUCCCGCGGCAGCCCUCUGCCUGCAAGUGCAGGAAGCGGCCGCAACUCAAAUUCUUCAACAAAGGGAAGAAGACCGCGAAGUUCAAGGCUGGGUUCGCUUGGCCGAAACAAUCCUGGGCAUCGUUUGGGCCUGGAACUUUGCAGGUCUGCUAGGAGACCGGCUGCUGGCUCACUCGAGACGGGUUAUCUGUGAGGGUUCUGUGCAGUUGGACCAAGAGACGGGCACUUCGAUUCUGCGACAACGGCGAGCCAGCGCAAGCGAAGUGUUUGUGAAAGCCGCGCUGACGGACCCGGCUGUCAUUCUUGACAUGUCUGACAUGCUGGUCAUUUUCAAGCCGCCUGGAUGGGAAGUCUACAAUGGCAUGGUGGAGUGUCAGUUGACGGAUUUCCUCCGAAGUUUGAAUCGCGGCACGGUCCCAAUACUCGGCGAUGUUGUGCAUGGAUGCGGGUUCCUCCACCGCUUGGACGUUCCUAGUUCUGGGUUAGUGUUGGCAGCCACGACUUAUCAAGCGUGGUAUGAUCUGCAGAUGCAGUUGGUGAGCGGUUCCCUUCUGCGGGAGUACGUGGUGCUUUGCCAUGGUUGGGUUCCAGCUGUCCGGCGGAGCAUAUCUGUUCGCUUGUGCUAUGUUGCCAAUGCUGUUUCCUCAGGGCAUCUGGGCAAACCGUCGAAGACACGUCUGAAAGUCGUGGCACAUGCCAGGCUUAUGCGGAGGGCGAUGAGCUUGACGGCCAUACAAAUCUUGACGGGCCGCAAGCACCAAAUUCGAAGCCACAUGGCAUGGGUUGGGCACCCCACAGUGCACGACGGCAAGUAUGCUGCCAGAGCAACUGCACUGGAGGACGCGCAGUUCUGCACGCGGAAUUUUCUUCACCGGUAUCACCUGUCGUUUCUGGAUGCAGCCGGGGCGGGGCGUAGCGCCUGGCAUGUCCUCCCGAGUGAUCUGAAGGCGGCUCUGCGAGACUUGAGUCCAAAAGAGGCCAGAUCCCAGGAGACCCUUUGGUCAUGGCGGGGCCCGAGGCUUCAAGCUUUUGACGCGCAAGCGGCACUUAAGAAAGAAUCGCUGUGA